AUUAUAGCCCCACCCACUUCUUCACUCGCUGUCUCGCUCUUACAUCCAGCAGCACUAAACACUUCAUUCUGUCAUUGCGUACUGUUCGUGUCUGCCUGCAUAAAAUGGACCAGGACUGGCGAACCUUAGCCACGCAGCGAGCCGAAUACGCAUCGGACCGUCUCCGCGGGCUACUGUCAUCCGGCGUGGACUUCCUCCGAACCGAGCUCGGGGUUGAUCUGGGACUGAAGCCGGAGAAGUAUCCGUCGUGGGCGAUUCUGAGCGUGGCGGUGAUCGCGCUGACUGUGCUGGUGGUGGUCGCGGCCUGCGGACGGAGAAAGCGCCGAACGGCUCCGGUGACCGCUACCAGCAGUCCCCGCACCGCCGCCGAGACCCAGAUCAAAGCCACCCUGCCACCGAAGACUGUGAAGACCGAACCGAGCGAACCGAAGAAGAAGAACAAAAAGAAAGCAGCUGACAAGCAGAAGGCCCAGGAGAAUGGACAGACAGUUGCUGAACCAAAAGAGGAAAUUAAAGUCACGGAGAAGAAGAAAACGCCUCCUGCACCAGCACCAGUACAGCCUCCAGUUGAUGCAAAGGCCAAAAAAACCAAGAAGAAACCAAAACCAGAGGUGAAGGCAACCCAAGAUGUUUCCUCCUCUGUCGGCAAGGAACCCGAUGAAGCAGGUGCUUGGGAGACUAAAGUCAGCAAUCGAGAGAAACGUCAGCAGCGCAAGAAGGAGAAGGGCCCUGGAGACAGCUCCGGCAGCCCUGAGAGCAGCGAUCGUGCCAGCUGGAAGGUGGAACAGCCAGCACCUGUGCCGUCAACAGCCACCAAGAAGAACAAAGAGUCAUCACGUCCAAAGGCCGGAAAGGACGAGGCUGUUACAGCCCCAGUGAUAUUCAACCGGAUUGAUGCAAACACUGUGAAUGGAGGUGGGUGGACAGUGAAGCACCAAACCCAAAUGAAUGCUUCGAACAAUGAGAAGCGGCCUGUCAGUAAAAAGGCCCAUGUACACAAGAACCGUGAGAACUCCUGGAAACCAGAAUCAGAAGGGCCAUUGACUGGUCUGGAUGGAAGAAGUAAAGUGGAACCGAAACCAGCCAAUUUAACAAUGCUUGGAUUAAACACAUCUGGUGGAGAACCUGGGUCUCAAUCUAACAUUGAACGAUGCAGUGAUGCUAUUGACAAUGAGUGGUCCAGCUGCAAUGGACUUGCUGCUGUGGACCCGAGUUCAGACUGGAACGCUCCGACUGAGUUAUGGGGCAAUUAUGAAGAACCCAAGAAUAAUGCCCCUUUGCUAAAAGAGACACCAAUCUCUAAGCCGCUUGGGGAAUCCAAUGAUGACAAUGAUAAUGCCGAUCCUGCUGGAAGUGGCAAAUCCAAGAGAAGAAAGAAAAAGAAGAGACCAGAAGAGGAAGGUUCAGCCUCGGAGCUGAUCCAAGAGAGUUCUGCUCCUGCAGAGAAGAAUGUGACUGUGAAGCCCCUUCCUCCUCAUGUCCCGAAGGAGGAUGUAUUCAAGCAAAACAUUCCUCCACCGUCCUCACAAAAGAAAUCUGAUCAGAACUGGGAGCCACCGAAGCAAGUGCAGAAGAAAAAAGUCAGAAGAGAAACAUGAACCCUUAAAAACGCCUGAGGAAGCUUAUGCAAACCGAUCGUUUAUGCAAUAAUUUCACAGUACAGGAUUUUAUACUGAAUAAAUUUACUGUGCUUAAAAAAAAA